AUGAACUGGAAACAGCACAACUUCGAGGGCUUCCAAGGACUAAAGACGGGAGUCACCACGAAGAACUUCCUGGAGGAGCUUCAGAGGGCGUUCGGGGACUCCAAUGCGGAACAAGUCGCCGCUGCUCGGCUUAUGGCCCUGCGCCAAAACAAACGGUCCUUCGCGGACUACAUCUCCGACUUUGAGAUGUUGGCCGCGGAUGCAGGCUACAAUGUGGUCGACACCACCGACGACAAAGGCGGAUACAAGAAGGGGGACCAGGAUAAUAUCCUCAUUGAGUUCCUGGAGCGCGGACUCAGCAGCGAGAUCGCCAGCCGUCUCUACAACACCGGUGUCCCUCUGCCCAAGGCCUAUGGAGCGUUCAAAGCCUGGUGCAUCAACAUUGAAGCCAAUGCUCUGCGCGACCAGCUGCGUAAGGCAUCCUAUGCGCACUCGACUCCACGGCCUCCCCCCCAAUUCCGCCCUCAGACAGCACCAGUGGCGCCCACACCUGCUCCGACCCGGCCGGCUGCCAACGAACCGGUCCUGAUGGAAAUCGAUUUCACCCAUGCCCGCGGCCGCAAUAUCAUCUGCUACAACUGUCAGCAGCCUGGGCACAUUGCGCGGAACUGUCCGGAGCCAAGAAAGAAGCGUACAUUUUUCAAUCGGGCCACGAUGCUUGAAGAGAUCGAGAACGGGGACAAGGACAACGAGUUCCUCAAGGAGAUCGCCGAGAAGCUGCGCGAGAAGGGUUUUUGA